UUCAAACAAAUUAAAUGAGUUCAUCCUCAUUUGACGUUGCUGUCAUUUAUACUUCGAAUUAUUUGUUAUUACAAACUAAAAUUUGAAAAGCAAAAUGUUUUAUAACGUAGAUUUAUAUUUUGAGGAUAGUUAUAAUGUUGAACCGCGAGCUAACCUUCUUCGUCAGCGGCGUUUUAUUAGAGAUUACUCUAAUCCUAUGGAGCUGCCGUCCACAGUAUUUACAGCGAAUUUUCGGCUAAGCAAGGACGCUUUUAUGUAUGUGCUGGACAAAAUCAAAGACAAAUUUAAUUGCCGCCUGUCCUCGUCUGUAACGCCAAUGCUAAAAUUGUGUUGCGCACUGAGAUUUUUUGCGCACGGAAGUUAUCAGCAAGCUGUAGGAAAUGAAUUUCAAUUGGGUCUUGCGCAACCUACAGUUUCGCUCAUUUUAAAGGAGGUAUUGCCCAUUUUAGAAAGAGAAAUUUGCAGUGCUUCGAUAAUCACAGAAAUGACAGAAGAAGAGAAGCAACAGGCAAGGAGCAAAUUUUUCUCCAGAUCAGGAAUACCCAACGUAAUUGGCUGUGUUGACGGAACACAUAUUGCGAUUUAUGCCCCCACCGCAAAUAGACACCUCUAUCUAAAUAGAAAAGGCUUUUUUAGUUUAAAUGCUAUGAUUGCUUGCGAUCAUGACAUGAAUAUCCGGUUUGUGGAUGCUAGAUAUGCUGGUUCUACACAUGAUUCGUUCGUGUGGAACAAUAGUUCAUUAAAGACUUAUUUGGAGAAUAUGCAUCAAAGUGGCGAUUAUAACUCUAUUUAUUUAGACUACUUAUUUAUAGGUGAUUCCGGAUACCCACUUAGUCCUUAUUUACUAACACCCUUCCGCCAUGCAGACUCUAGAACUAGGGAGUCAAUUUUUAAUAAGAAGCACGCGAAAGCUAGAAACGUCGUUGAACGUACGAUCGGAGUUUUGAAAUGUCGCUUUCGAUGUCCCCUGAGUGAUCGAAAAAUGCGCUACGAUCCUGCUAAAGCAACAUCCAUUAUAAAUAUUUGUUGCGCUUUCCACAAUAUUUGUAAGAAAUUUAGAAUCAGUGAUCCAGAGGAAGCUGAAAUUUUUAUUGACACCGUUGUAUCAUCAGAGCCAAUCAGUGAAGAUGCCAAUAAUACAUCAGGAGAGCGCCGCAGAAGGCAAAUAGCUGAUGCUUUGUUGUAAAAUUAAUUGCAGUUCGGUUUAUUGAAUAAAUUCAAAACCAUUUACCUUACUUUUGUUCUUUUUAUUUCAUUUUAUUCUUCAGAAUUCUUUAUUAUAUACAUGUUAAAUUAAACCUAAUUGUUUCUAUGCUCUUAAACUUAAUAAAAAUCACAAGUUGAAUUCAGUACCUUCAUCAAAUAUUAAACUUAAAAUUAAUUCAUCACAUGCUUUUAUAUAUUAAAAUAAAAAAUCACAAAUUAAAUUCAGC